GGUGUGCAGGGCACCUGUAGGAAGGUCCGUGCAGCCAAGUGUUUGCAAGGGGAAUCCGCACAGUGCGUGGGUGCCUGUGGGGGGGUCUAUAAGCGUGUGUGUGUUCUGGGGGAUGCUGUGUAGGGACGGGGACUCUGUCGGGGUCCCCAUGCAGAGCUGCGGGCAGCUACGCAGGAGUGUGUGCGUGUGUUGUAGGACAGGUCUGUGAAGAGGGCUGGGCGUGUGUGUGCAGGACCGUGUGCGUGUGCAGCGCUCUGGGUGUGCGUGUGAGCGCGGGGGCCGCGCGGGUGGCAGCCGCGCUCGCAGAGUGGGCGCCGGGCUGGGGGUGCGGGUGUGUUGGGGGGAAUUCGGGGGUGUUCGUGUGCCAGGAGCCCCGCGCUGCCGGCACACGGCGGAGCUGCCCGCGGGAGGAGCCCGGCCCGGCGCUGCCCGCCUUCUGCACGGUGAGUGCCGCCGCACCGCGCCGCGGGACCGGGAACAACCGAGGAACCGGGGGCAUGGUUGGUCUCAGCUAAACAUGCUAAGCGCGCUCGGGGCAGCGCUGCAGGCUCUGCCCCGUUAACCCGGGGUGCCCGGGGGGGGCUCAGCCAUGAAUUCCUCCCUUCCCGCCCCCGGGCUUGCCCCCGACCCUCUGCAGCUCUGGCAGGAGGAGAACCAGACACAGGGCGGGCUCUGGAAUGGGAGCCAGGAACUGGGCUGGGAAGAGCUGGAGAAGAUGCUCUUCCUCUUUGUGAAGGAGCCCGUCACCAUCAGCCUCACGGCAAUGUACCUCGUGUCCUUUGUGGUGGGCUUCGUGGGUAACAUCAUGUCCAUCAGGGUGCUCACCCGGAAGCGUCGGAGUCGGGUGUCCAGCCUGAGUGCCACUCGCAGCCUCCUCAUCAACCUGGCGGUGUGUGACCUCAUGGUGGUGUGUGUCUGCAUGCCCAUCACCGUGGGCAACCUCAUCUACAAAGCCUGGGUGUACGGGGAUUUUCUCUGCCGAGCGGUGCCCUUCAUCCAGGCGGUUUCUGUCUCCGCCAGUGUCCUCAGCCUGACCGUCAUCAGCGUGAACCGCUACUACAGUGUGCACAAUCCACUCAACGCCCGGUCUUUCUUCACCCAGAAGAGGAUUCUCAGCACCAUCCUGGUGGUGUGGUUGUUGUCCUCAGGGAUAUGCAUGCCCCUCAUCUUCAUGAACAAACGGGAUGAGAUUGGCGUGGUGGAGGGUUUGCCUCUGGUGUUUUCCAUCUGCAGGGAGAUUUGGCCUCAGGAGAGGCUCAAGCAAGCCUACAACUUUCUGCUCUUCUGUGCCCUCUACUGCCUGCCGGUCCUGUUCAACAUGGUCAUCUGCUUCCUCACGGUGCGCCGGUUGUGGAGCCGCAGCAGCCAGCUGAAGGAGAGCACUGCCCUGAACCGAUCUCUGCCAGCCUCCAGGCUGAAGAUCCGGAAGAAGGUAGCGCAGAUGGUGGUGGCCCUGGUCCUGCUGUUCGCUAUCUCCUGGUUGCCCGUCUACCUGAUGGACAUCUGGAUUGAUUUCAACAUCCCCAAAUCUUUGCAGGAUGUGACUCCUCCUCCUUGGAUCCUGCAGCUCAGACCUUUUGCCCAGUGGCUUGGCCUCACCAAUUCCAGCCUCAACCCUAUAUGCUAUUGCUUUGUUGGAAACCUCUACAGGUCAGCCAAGGAAAUGAAGAGCAAAUACCACCAAAGAAUGGUAUCUCUCUUUAACUUCUCCCUGUCCGAAGGGACAACCCGUUCCUCAGUCCCAGAGCUGCUCUCUUACCAGAGUUCAAUGGACCCUGCAAGGAAAGGUCAUUCUACCACCCCCACCACGGGCAGAUAUCGGGCUAGUCAUGGCCAUAAGAACAAGUGUGGACACUUGAACUCCUGCCAGCAUCCACCUCUGAACACUGUUUCCAGUGAGAACACUUCCUUGUAAUUCUGCUCAGGAAGUGCACCUUACACCCUCAUCUGCAUUUAAUGACUUUUUACAGGCCUUUCUGAAACAGAUAUUUUAAUGAUGGAAAACAACUUUCUUCUAAUCACACCUACCACCAGUUCAAAAAUACUGAGACAGGGGAAGAAACAAAUAACGAGUGAAAAAGGUGACAUAUUUUAACUCAGAUCAAGUUUUUAGACAAAUUAUUUUCACCAGGGACAACUAGACGCGUAGCCCGUUGCCCAGUCAACAGUCACAUAAUUAGACAGAUCAACUUCCCAACAAGCGGGCUCUCCCCACAGCUCCAUCUCUGGAUGCAGAGAUGCCAUUUGGAUACAGCAACAAUUUGACUGUUUGCUGCUGUGCACCCUGUGCUGAUAAGAGCAGUGAUAAGAGGCACUCUCUGCUCCAAAUCCAUCAGUUGUAGUUACAAGCAGUGAAGAAAUGCUAGAAACAGCAUCAUAAAAAGGAAUAGUAGUGGAAAAUUUCACACACUUUACCACUUGAGAUUUCAUUGUCUGAUCGUAUUGUUUCACUCCUCCACACAAAUGAAGUCUCCUGAUGUGAAGAGAAAGUGCCAGAAGCACUAAAGCAACCAUCACCACUUCACAUUUGGGAAUUCAGAAAGGAUAACGUGGCCUCAGAGGUGAUUUAGGAAAUGCAAUAGGAAAAUAUUCUUUGGGCAUCAGCUCUCUUUCUUACAGCUAUGUUCCUGCAGUGGAGUGGAAAGAGCUGGACACCUAUUAACAUGAUUUGCACUUGAAAAACCAGCCCUUGUUCAGCUGUGUCUGUACCAAACAAAGUCAAUGGCAUGUGAAAAUAAAAAUGGAAAGUGGCUUAUAGCUAAUAAAAUCAGAAUCAACUAAGGCAAUGCUAUUUGUCUGGGAAGGAGAGAAUCAAAGUGCUCGCCUUUCCUGAGGAUCUGAAGUAGGUUAAAACCUAUUUCUUCCAUCAUCUCCUUUAAAGGAGGCUUUGAUAAAUAAACUGUAUAUUUUUAUUAUGUUAGCAUCAAAAGGCCUCACUAAAGCUUGAGAAUUCUGUUGCGCUAAGAACUGGAUCUAUAUUCAUAAGGAAAAGAAA